AUGACGGCCCACGCGCCGCCCAGUGCGCUGGAUGAUACGCUCGCGCGUAUCGGAAUGGGGCCAUACCAGUGGCACCUGUUGGUGCUGAGCGGGAUGGGAUGGGCAGCAGACAAUGUGGACCACUGGCACAUUAGCGACGCGUACAUCGGCGUGCUCACCUCGUCCAUCUUUGCGGGAAUGACGCUGGGGAGCGUAGUGUGGGGCUCGUUUGCCGAUUUGUACGGCCGCCGGUACGUGUUUCUGCGCACGCUCGCCAUCACCGCCCUCUUUGGCGCGCUGCUGAGCAUGGCACCGUCGUUUGCGGUGGCGUGCAUCUUGUGCUUUGGCGUGGGGACGGGCGUGGGGGGGAGCAUGCCGACUGAUGGCACGCUCUUUCUGGAAUCGAUUCCGAAAAAGCGGCACUACUACCUGACCGCCCUUUCCGUCUUUUUCUCGCUAGGGUCGGUCGUGUGUGCGGUGAUUGCACUCCUACUCCUCCCGGGCAACAGCUGCACGAACGAUGCGCCGUGCAAAAAAGGCGACGAAAACCAGGGGUGGCGUCACGUCGUGCUCAGCCUCGCGGGCAUAACGGCGCUCUUUGCCAUGCUGCGCAUCUGGCCAUUCGACGUCCAGGAAAGCCCGACGUUCCUCGUCGCGACACACCGCCUGCAGGAAGCGUGCGAUGCGUUGCAAGAAAUUUCCGAGGCGAAUAGCGACGCGACGGGUCUGUCGCUGCCCGACGUGCAGCGCCCCGAGGCGGACGAGGACCCGGUGGCGGCGGGUGUUGAUGCCGACGCCGACGCCGACGAGGACUCGGAAACACACGCACUGAUGGGCACGCCAUUCAUUCCCCUGCUUGGCUCCCUGCCAGAACGCCUGGCAAAGCCGCUGCGCGACCUCGCGCGGCGCAGCGCACCGCUCGUUGCGCCGCCGCACCGCCGCGCCGUUCUGCUGACAUGGGCGCUGUGGGCGCUAAUGUCGCUCGCCUUUACCAUGUUUAACGCAUUUUACCCCAUCUACUUGCAGCGCAAGCUUGGGCAGCAUGAUGCGGAUGAGACACAGGCCCUGCGCGACUAUGUAUGGUACGCGCUGAGCAGCGUUCCCGGCAGUCUGCUCGGUGCGCUCCUCACCGAGUCGCCGCUCGGGCGGGCCAAGUCGCUGGCGCUUGCGCUUCUCGCGACGGUCGGCGCGCAGGUGCUCUUUUUGCUCACCGAGGAGCCCGCGUACGUUGUCCUCUCGGGCAUGGGUGUCUCGCUCGCGGCGACGACCGCGUACGCGAUUCUGUACGGCUACACGCCGAACGUCUUCCCCACGUCGAUCCGCGGCACGGCGUGUGCCGUGGCGAGUGCGCUGGGCCGCAUUACCGGCAUCGCAGCGCCGCUGCUCGCCGGCGCGCUGCUCGAAAUGCGCGUGACGCUGCCGAUCCUUACCAGCAUUGUGCUCUUUAGUCUAUGUGCCGUGACUGCGCUGCUGCUGCCGAGCAAGACGCGUCUGGUGCAACUGUAA